AUGCGGCGCCGGCGGGCGGCCGUGGCCGCGGGUUUCUGCGCCUCCUUCCUGCUGGGCUCGGUCCUCAACGUGCUCUUCGCACCGGGCUCGGAGCCACCGCGUCCGGACCGGUCCCCAGGGCCCUCGCCAGCUCCGGGCCCAGGGCGUCGCGGGGGCCGUGGGGAGCUGGCCCGGCAGAUCCGGGCGCGCUACGAGGAGGUGCAGCGCUAUUCCCGCGGGGGGCCCGGGCCCGGGGCAGGCCGGCCGGAGCGCAGGCGCCUGAUGGACCUGGCUCCGGGCGGGCCGGGCCUGCAACGUCCCCCGCCCCCGCGGGCCCGGCCUCUGCCCGACGGCGCUCCGGGCUGGCCCCCAGCUCCCGGCCCAGACUCCCCCGGCCCGGGCCCGCGUCUGGGCUGCGCCGCGCUCCGCAACGUGUCUGGCGCUCAGUACGUGGGCUCUGGCUACACCAAGGCCGUGUACCGGGUCCGCCUGCCCGGCGGCGCCGCGGUGGCGCUCAAGGCGGUGGACUUCAGUGGCCACGAUCUGGGCAGCUGUGUGCGCGAGUUCGGGGCGCGGAGGGGCUGCUAUCGGCUGGCGGCCCACAAGUUGCUCAAGGAGAUGGUGCUGCUGGAGCGGCUGCGGCACCCCAACGUGCUGCAGCUCUAUGGCUACUGCUACCAGGACAGCGAGGACAUCCCGGACACCCUGACCACCAUCACGGAGCUGGGCGCCCCUGUGGAGAUGAUCCAGCUGCUGCAGACCUCCUGGGAGGACCGGUUCCGAAUCUGCCUCAGCCUGGGCCGUCUCCUCCACCACCUGGCCCACUCUCCGCUGGGCUCGGUGACUCUGCUGGACUUCCGCCCUCGGCAGUUUGUGCUGGUGGACGGGGAGCUGAAGGUGACAGACCUGGAUGAUGCACGCGUGGAGGAAACACCAUGUGCAAGCAGCACCGACUGCAUUCUUGAGUUUCCAGCCAGGAACUUCACCCUGCCCUGCUCAGCUCAGGGCUGGUGCGAGGGCAUGAAUGAGAAACGCAACCUCUACAAUGCUUACAGGUUUUUCUUCACCUACCUCCUGCCCCACAGUGCCCCACCCUCACUGCGGCCCCUGCUGGACAGCAUCGUCAAUGCCACAGGAGAGCUCACCUGGGGGGUGGACGAGACCCUGAGCCAGCUGGAGAAGGUGCUGCACCUGUACCGGAGCGGGCAAUACCUGCAGAACUCCUCAGCGAGCAACAGUGCUGAAUACCAGCGCCUCCCAGACAGCACCAUCCCCCAGGAGGACUACCGCUGCUGGCCAUCCUACCACCACGGAGGCUGUCUCCUUUCAGUCUUCAACCUGGCUGAGGCCGUGGACGUCUGUGAGAGCCAUGCCCAGUGCCAUGCCUUUGUGGUCACUAACCAGACCACCUGGACAGGUCGCAAGCUGGUCUUUUUCAAAAGUGGAUGGAGCCAAGUGGUCCCAGAUCCCAACAAGACCACCUAUGUGAGAACCUCUGGCUGACUGGGCUGAAGGCUCCACUGACCAGCUGACCAACCCUGCCGGCUGGACUGACCCACAGCAGGAGGGACUUGCACAAGCAGUAUGGCAUGUCACCUGGGGCCCCCUGUAGACAUGGCUGCCAUCCCAGACAGAUUGAUGUGACCAGGACAAAUGUGCAAUAAUGCAAAAUGUUAAAAUGUGAGUUUACCAACCUAGGUAUGGGACUGCUGGCUUCUGGGCCGGGACUCAUGGGAGGUUGGCCCAGGGCCUCUCCAAAUCCUCUGGGCUGUGAGCAUAGCUCAGGCCAGCCUCCGCACCGGGGCGGGGGUUGUGCCCCACCCUGGGACAGAGCCGUGGGCAGCCCCAUCGCUGAGGUCGCAGUGUGAGAAUGUAGCCAAAGCCCUGUUGCUGCUGCUGCCGCCGCCACCAUCACUGCUGCUGCCACCGUGCCUGCCACGGCACGCAGGGCUGCUGCAUGGGACAGUCAGUCACAGGAGUGCGCUUUUGAAGUGCCCCUAGCUGUGAGUGAUCCUCUGCCUGCAGGGGCCUCUCUGACCCCCUG